CCGCAGUGAUAGUGGGUGGUGCGUUUCAGACGGAGCCAUUCAAAGGCUGCGAUUGACAUGAGACAAGUCUGCUUCCACCGGUGCUCAGGGAAAUCACGCCCGGAUCUCUGGAAACCUCCAAACACAACCGUAGAGUCUGAACUUAGUCAUGUCGCAGGAGGAACUCGUGUAAACGUCAGGAUGCUGCGCUUCAUCUGAUGCUGGACUCAGAGGCUGCACCGACUGUGACCGAGCACUUCUCUUCUCCCCGCGUCUCUAACAGGCUGAAAUCAUGCUCCCACAUACCAUCAUCCUGUGUGUGAUAUCACUCAGCACCGUGCGCGUCGCAUCAUCUCUGCAGCUGCAACCUGACAUGCCAAAUGUUUGUGCGGAUCAGGAGAUGUCCAUGCUGGGGGCCCCUCAGCCGUGUGUCCAGGCUUUUACCCGCAUGGUGAAGGUUUGGAAACAGGGCUGCACCAACCACAGAUGGUGUAUGGGAUAUGAGAGGAGGACAACAUACUACACAGCAUACAGGCAGAGGUACAGCAUGGACGUCCACACAGUCUACAAGUGCUGCCCAGGUUGGACUCAGAGGGGGGAAGAGAUUGGCUGUCUGCAUAGGGUGUGUGCUGCCAACACAUGUUUCAAUGGAGGCCGAUGCUCAGAGACUGAAGACCAGAUAUGUCAGUGUUCACCGGGCUUCAAAGGGACAAGAUGCCAGUACGAUGUUAACGAAUGUGAAGUGGAUGAUGGCGGCUGUGAGGGUUACUGCUGCAACACUAUCGGCAGCUACUACUGCAAGUGUCCCGAAGGCAGCAGACUGGAGCCAGAUGGCAAGACAUGUCACGAUGUAAAUGAGUGCGAGGAGCUCAAUGGAGGAUGCCAGCAGAUGUGUGUCAACACACCGGGCUCUCACCACUGUGAGUGCAGCGAAGGCUUCCGCAUGCACUCUGACGGUCGGACCUGCAUCCCUGUGACUUCUUGCUCAGUGUUGAACGGCGGAUGUGAGCACAAGUGUGUGGACACGGGGAGCAAUCAUUACAAGUGUGAGUGUCGGAAGGACUACCAGCUGAAGAGGGAUGGGAGACACUGUGAAUUGAUGGACCCCUGUGAGGAGAGGAAUGGAGGCUGCGCCCAGCUGUGUCUGUCUGAGGACGGCCGGGUUCACUGCAGCUGCCGACGCGGUUUUACACUGGAUGGAGAUGCCAAGAAUUGUGAAGACAUUGACGAGUGCAGCUCAGGCCGUGCCAAGUGUUCCCAUGGGUGUGUCAACACGUUGGGCUCUUUCAGCUGCGUGUGUCACCCAGGUUUUGAACUCGGUGCUGAUGGCAAACAGUGCUACCGCAUUGAGAUGGAGAUCGUCAACAGUUGUGAGAAGAACAAUGGAGGUUGCUCUCAUCACUGUGAGCACACCACCAACGGCCCGCUCUGUUCCUGCAACCACGGUUACCAGCUGGACCGAGACAGGAAGACGUGUGUGGAUAGUGAUGAGUGUGCCAGUGGGGAGUCGUGCUGUAGUCACUUCUGCAGGAACUACCCGGGCGGCUACGAGUGCAGCUGCAGAGCCGGCCACAGACUCAACCCAGACGGCUGCGGCUGCGAUGACAUUGAUGAGUGCCUGGCUGAAACUUCAGGCUGCGAACACUACUGCGUCAACACCGUGGGAACAUACGAAUGCUUUUGUCGACUCGGCUUCCGCUUGGAUCACGACCAGCACUCCUGUAUCUCUCUGUAUGGCAGAGAACUGGAAGAAGAGGAGGACGAGGAGGAAGAAGAUGAAGAGCAGCUGGAGGUCCACAGAUUACCAGAUCUGCUCUUCCGCAACGCUCCUCAGCUCCUGCAGUACACAGCAGCCUUACACUCCCGUUAUCACAGUGAUGACGAUGAUGAUGAUGAUGGUAGUGAUGCUGGAGACAAUGAAAAAGGAUCACAGAUGCAGAGAGAUCGCAGGGGAGAACUCAGGCUGGACAGCCACAUAGUGUGUCUAGACGGCUCAUUUGGGGAUGACUGCAGUGCGAGCUGUGAAGACUGUGUGAACGGAGAGUGCAGUGAAAACAGAGACAGGUGUCAGUGUUCACCUGGAUGGACUGGGAUCAUCUGCAACAUGACUUGUCCACAGGGGACCUACGGUCAGGCCUGCAACAGUCUGUGCCGUUGUCAGAAUGGAGGCCUGUGUGACCCUGUGACUGGGAAGUGUUUGUGCCCCCCAGGGGUACAGGGCCUGCUCUGCGAGGAUGGUUGCCCAAGAGGUUAUUUCGGGGAGCAAUGUAGAAGAAAGUGUAACUGCCCAAACAACGGACACUGUCAUCGUCUGUAUGGAGCCUGUCUGUGUUCUCCAGGGUUAUAUGGUCGUUUCUGCCACCUGCCUUGUCCCAGGUGGACGCACGGCGCAGGCUGUUCCAAGGAAUGCGACUGUGUUCAAGAACAUUCCUCUGGCUGUGACCCCAAAACGGGGAGCUGUUCCUGUAAAGCUGCACACCACGGCCCACAGUGUGAGAAAGAAUGCGAUCCUGGCUUCUUCGGUGCAGGCUGUGAGCAGCCAUGUGACUGUCCAGGUGGGGGACCAUGUGACCCCAGGAGCGGAGAGUGCAGCCAGCGAUGUCCUGCAGGACUUCAUGGAGAUAGAUGUCAGCUCGCUUGCAAAGCUGGGAGCUAUGGACAAAACUGUCAUCUGGCCUGUGACUGUGGAGGAACGCUCUGUGAUCCCAUAACCGGAGAGUGCAUCUGUCCCCCUGGGAAGACAGGACCCUCCUGUCAGGAAGACUGCCCUGAUGGAUUCUGGGGGUUAAAAUGCCAGUCGUCUUGUCCUGGCUGUCAGAACGGAGGCUCCUGCAACAAGCAGACUGGAGGCUGUGACUGUUCACCGGGCUUCACAGGAGACCUCUGUCAGAACAAGUGUCCUCCAGGUUACCAUGGAGCCGGCUGCUUCAUGCACUGUUCAUGCCACCCUGACGCCGGCUGUGACCCACACACUGGACACUCGCACCACUGGUGUGUGUGUGAGACGGGCUUCACCGGAGACCACUGUGAAGAGAAGUGUGUGAAUGGCAGUUAUGGGCAGGGCUGUACUCAGCAGUGUCAGUGUCACAAUGGAGCCCACUGUGACCAUGUGAGUGGAGCCUGCACAUGUUCUCCUGGAUACGCCGGCACGUCUUGUGAAAAAAUGUGCCCGGACGGCUUUUACGGUCUUGACUGUGGCCAGAUGUGCGAGUGCAGGAACGGUGCCCGCUGCCACCACAUCACAGGAGCCUGCCUAUGCACCGCCGGCUGGGCAGGACCACACUGCAUUCUGGAAUGCCCGGGGGGUCACUUUGGAGAGCAGUGCAGUCAGACCUGUGAGUGUCAGAACGGAGCCAGGUGUGACCACGUCACCGGGCGAUGCAGCUGCACGGCCGGGUGGACCGGCGGGAGCUGCCAACUGUCCUGUCCUGCAGGACAAUAUGGGGAACACUGCUCUGGCCAGUGUCUGUGUCAAAACGGGGGCCCUUGUGACAGUGUGACAGGCCAGUGCUCCUGCCCACCCGGCUGGACUGGAGACGCUUGUGAGUUAGAGUGUGAGGAAGGACGUUAUGGAGCGAGCUGCAUCCAGGUCUGUGGUUGUACGAACGGAGGGAGGUGUGACAAGAUCACUGGAAAGUGUGUGUGUCAGCCCGGCUGGACAGGAGAGCUGUGUCAGUCAGCCUGUUCAGAGGGAUUCUUUGGAGAGGCCUGCGAGCAGCGGUGCGACUGCGUCCACGGUACGAGUUGCCACCAUGUGACGGGCCGCUGUGAGUGCGAGCCAGGCUGGAGAGGAGCCAGGUGUGACAAACCCUGCCUGCCGGGGUCCUUCGGUGCUUCCUGUGCCCGGCGGUGUCAGUGCCCGGCUGGGGUGUCCUGUCACCAUGAGACUGGGAGUUGUGGCUGCCCAGCUGGACUCACAGGGACCGGCUGUGAGAAAACGUGUCCUGCUGGCAUGUUUGGCCAGAUGUGCAGUCAGCUGUGCCAGUGUUCAGGUGAUCAGGAGCAGUGCCAUCCUGUGACGGGAAAAUGUAGCUGCUUACCUGGGUACUACGGGGCAAACUGUGGGCUACGAUGUCGAGCAGGAACCUUUGGGCCGAACUGUAAAUCCAGAUGCAGCUGCGUCAACGGCGGUCGCUGUGACUUCAGGACUGGAACUUGCUACUGUCCUCCGGGCUUCAUUGGAGCCGACUGCAGCUCAAGUUGUGUGAAUGGGUACUAUGGGAAGGACUGUGCUAAGCCGUGCUCCUGUGGGGAAGGAGGGCAGUGCCACCCGGUAACAGGGAGGUGUAUCUGUGCCCCGGGCAGGAUGGGACAGUCCUGCCAACAAGGAUGUCCCAGAGGGCGCUAUGGCUCGCAGUGCAGAAAUACAUGCAGCUGUCAGAACGGGGGUCUGUGUGACCCUGUCGCUGGGUCAUGCAGGUGCGGACUGGGCUGGACUGGACCACGCUGUGACACAGCCUGUUCACAGGGAAAAUAUGGUCUUGACUGUGCACAGGACUGUCCAUGUUCCAACAAUGGGACGUGCCACCGUUUUACUGGCACCUGUAGCUGUACUGCCGGAUACUACGGCCACUCCUGUCAACACAGAUGCCCUUCAGGGUUUUUCGGAGUGAACUGUGCCCAAACAUGUGACUGUAAAGUGGGUCAGUCAUGUGACCACGUAACAGGCCAAUGUGCAUGUCCACCAGGCUACUAUGGGUCACAAUGCCAAAGACGCUGUGAAGCCGGCAGCUUUGGACUGAGCUGUGCAGAGUCAUGCAACUGUGCUGGUGAGGCCCCAUGUGACCCAGCGACAGGACGGUGUCUCUGUCCCCCAGGAAGGACAGGAGGGAGAUGUGAAAAAGACUGUGGUGGGGAGCAUUUUGGCCCCGACUGCUCCCUGCCGUGCAAGUGCUCCCACAGGGCCCGCUGUGAUGGGCUGACUGGCCGAUGUCUGUGUCCGCUCACCUGGCUGGGCCCCACAUGUAGGGAAGCACUGCAGCACCAAACCUCAGGACUGCUGAAUGUCUCCAUGUCCCAAAGAAAGAGAAGAACGGGCAGCAGAAUCACAUAACCCGUAGCAGAAGGUGCAAACUCCUGACUGGACAAUCACAGACAGGACUUGGCUUGUGCGGAGCGUUUAAGGAGCCUGUCUCUGUAAAGGUGAUGUUUUUUUUGUGAAACAGCUGUCAGAAAGUGACGCUACAUCAUACUCACGCUGCACCGCACUCAUCACCGAGCACGCCGCUCAAGCCAAUCCACCAGUGAACCUGACAUGUGAAGGGCCCUCGGAGGACCAGGAACUCCACACUGACCCCAAACUGUGUAAGAUUAUAGUCCAGGGUUACACAGACUCCUUAGCAAUACACACUAAUACCUGCAUCACAUCUGCUGAAUGAAAGCGUUUAAGUUACUUUCUCCAGUUUGACGUUUAAUGAGUUGUUAAGAGUUCAGUUUCUUUCUUCGGGCCGUUUGGACGAGACACGUGACUGAAUCCGAGACUUUCUUGUAACCAGAGAGACUUUACAUCCCCUACAACUCUGCUCAUAAAAAAAACUUGGUGGUUAGUACAGCAGAAUGCCGAGCAUAUUUUGGGUGAAGAUUAACAGCAGCUAAAACGGAUUUAGAAAUAUAUGGGUCAUGUAUAUACUUAUUCUGAGGAGUAAAACACCAGGAUCCGCACAUACAGGGACUGCAGGCAUGUGAGCUCCAAACAUGUGGUCCAAUGAAUGUUCAAGCAGAGGAUUUUGGUUUAUGGGAGAAAUUAUCUCCAUACGUAUUUUAAGAUGUAUAAAAAUGUUUGAGUAAUAAUUUAUGUUUGAUAUAUUUUUUUUCCACAGUAGAGUUCAGCUACCUGGUUACGUAUAUUAAAAGUACAACUACGCUUUCUCCACAAUCCCCGAAUCUAUAAGUGUGCAAAGAUGCUUCAUUUAAAAAGUGUAGCUACACACGGUAGAUAUUUCCUUUUUUACUGAAAUGUCCAUACUCAGUAUAUUUGUUAUGCAGUUUCCAUAUCACACUUCUGUAUGUUGCAUAUUGGAGCAUGAUUAGCUGAGAAUUCUGAGCAAUAUGGCUCAAAGAAUUUGAAGAUAAUAAAUGAUAAAUGUCCCUUUAUUAUUUCUUUUAACUUUGAAGACUGAUUUUUAACUUCUUGAGCAGAGAAUCACAAAAACUUCAUAAACAGCAAAACAUUUUACAAAUCUGAGGUGUUAUACCUCCUCCCAGUUUUUCCACAAUGCACAAGCUAUAUAUCGAUUUAUUGUGAACCUCUGUUGUAUUGCUUUUCAUAGAAAUUAUAUUGCGAUAAUUAUUGAAAUUGUUUUAUCACCCAGUCCUGACCAGAUUGUACCUUCAUGUUUUAAAGUCAGCUUGAAAGGUGAGCACAGAGGAACUUUCCCUUUCAGCAGAUUAUGAACAUGGCCCUGAAACUGCACAUACAUUGUUCUGCACAAAGAUGGUGUGUGCAAUAAGUGCAAGGUCAAUAAGCAAAACAUGUUUGACUAGAGGAAGAGUUUAAUUGAAGUAAUCAAACAAAAUCUCAGUUUUUUAAAAUCAAACAUGUCUUUGGACUGUGGGAGGAAACCUGAGUACCUGGAUAAAACCCUGUAAACACGGAGAGAACAUGCAAACGCCACAUAGAAAGACCCCAGUCGAACAAGGACUCGAACUGAGAACCUUCUUCCAAACCCCUUUCCACCGUGCCAUCCACAAUUUGAAAUGCUGAUAUUUGUAUUUAUGUGAAUCCCCAACAGGAAACUAUUAUGUAGUUUGCGUUCAUCAUGGUGACUCACAAAAAAGUGUCUGUGUGUUUCUUGAUACAAAUAUUUGAAUUUUUACGCAUUCUCCCUGUGAUCUUUGUCAAACUGCAUCAUUUCCUUAAAAAAAGUCUCAGCUUUGGCUUCUAGGUUUACAGAUUAUUCUAAAGAGAUUAAUUCUACCUAGCUGACAGUUUUAAAAUAAUGGAUGAACUCUCAUCUUAGCUUAUUUAAUUGUGUGUACACUUACCUACAGAUGUCUGCAAAAAUAUCAUCAAUGUACAUGUAAUUCCUUAAUUCUGUAUAUGACAUAAUCAUGCAUCAUUUACCUGCAUUAAGAACACUUCAUUUAUUGCCAUUGAUUGUAGAAUCUCUCAGUGUUGUGCAGUGUGCUGGUCGCGAAAUAUACUGCAGGCAAAUCCUGCAUUGGAGUUGCACUUGUUGCACAUGUCUGCUGAAUCAGCAGCUGAUACCGAGUUUGGGAGUUUUGUAGAAAAGUCUGAAAGUUGAUAUGUGAACACUUUUGCUGCAGUUUGUGGACAUUUUUUUUUACACAAGAUAAGAUUACAUGUCCAAUAUCACUACUGCGAUCAACAAUUAUGUGUGUUUGAUUUGAGGGUUAAACUUGUACAAAGACUGUGUGUAUUUUAUCUCAGGUCAUUUAUCAGAGAUAACCGAAUGUGCUUGUUUUUCUGAUGGUGUGUGGUGCUACAUUGAUCCAUUUUGAUUGAGUUAAUGAAUUACGUUUUUACUGUAUUAUCCUGUUGUCUUUUUGUUUUCUUCCAUGAUCUUUACAAAGAGCCAUGAACCAAAUAAACGCCAAAAAACACACUGCGAAA